GCCGUGGAACCGCUCGCCUUGGCCGGAGGAGCCAACCUUGGGGCGAGCAUCCCUGCGCCCACCUCCAGGCUGGGCUGCCAGAGCAGGAGGAGGAGAAGGAGAAGGAGGAGGAGCAGGGCCAAGGGCCAACAUGUGGUAGGCGCCCGUGGAAGGCAGGAAGGGAAGGCAGGAGUUGGGAGCGUGCCGGAGACGCUGUCAUGUUGGUGGAGCUGCUCUUCCACGCUGCCUGUGUGUCCCUGUUCUUCCCGGGAAGCCAGGGCAGGGUCUAUCCCGGCAAGAAGAAGCCAACCAGCUUUGCUGUAGAGAGACGUCGCCUGGGACCCCACGUCUGCUUCUCAGGCUUUGGCAGUGGAUGUUGCCCCGGGUGGAUGGUGGCCCCUGGCAGUGGGCACUGCACCCUGCCUCUUUGCUCCUUCGGCUGCGGCAGUGGCUUCUGUAUCGCUCCCAACCUCUGCUCGUGCCCAGAUGGAGAGCAGGGCAUCACCUGCCCAGAGCCACCAGGGACCUGUGGGGAGUACGGCUGUGACCUCUCCUGUAACCACGGCGGGUGCCAGGAGGUUGCCCGCGUCUGCCCCCUUGGCUUCUCCAUGGUGGAGACAGCCAACGGCGUCCGCUGCACCGACAUCGACGAGUGCCUGAGUGCUGCGUGCGAAGGUCUCUGCGUCAACACCGAGGGCGGCUUCGUCUGCGAGUGCGGCCCUGGCAUGCAGCUCUCCGCCGACCGCCACAGCUGCCAGGAUACGGACGAGUGCCUGGCCACGCCGUGCCAGCACCGCUGCAAGAACAGCCUGGGCAGCUACCGCUGCUCCUGCCGGCCUGGCUACCACCUGCACGGCAACCGCCACUCCUGCCUGGACGUGAACGAGUGCCGGGGGGGGGGCCGGCGCCGCGCCUGCCACCACUCCUGCCACAACACCCCGGGCAGCUUCCUCUGCUCCUGCCGCCCCGGCUACCGCCUCAGCGGGGACAGGGUCUCCUGCGAAGGAUACCCCAAAUCCAUCCUGGCCCCAUCGCCCAUCCUGCAGUCCCUGCAGCAUCCACCCACCCUCGUCCUGCUCCCACCUGGCUCUGGAGGACCUCUCCUGGGUGGUUCCUCACCCCAUCUCCCAGCUGCAGCCCCUGGCACCCAGCUACCUUUCUCCUCACCCAUCUCAGUGUCCCUGGCCACCGAGCCAUCCCCUCGUGCCGUGGGACCUCCUGGCACUUCCCCCCCAUCAGCCCAAGGCUGUUGGUACCGGGGGGUCCCCCGGGAGCCUGGAGCUCGCUGGGCAGAGCUGGGGUGCCAGAGCUGUAGCUGCCAGGGGGGACAAGUGGCGUGCCAGCCCAUCAGCUGCCCUGUGUCCUGCUCCCACCCGCUGCCCGCCCCACCGGGGGGCUGCUGCCCCAGUUGCUCAGGGUGCUGGUUCGAGGGGGCGGCCCGGGCUGAGGGUGAUGUCUUCUCCUCAUCCAACGGGAGCUGCACUGUCUGCGUCUGCCUGGCUGGUAACAUCUCCUGCAUCACCCCUGAGUGUCUCCCAGGCUCCUGCCCCAGCUCCUCACCAGCUGACUGCUGCUCCUGCCAGCCAGCAAAGUGCAGCUUUCAGGGCCGCUCAUACCCACACGGUGCCCACUUCAGCCUGGAUGGGGACGAAUGUACCAUCUGCACCUGCAGGGGUGGAGAGGUGGAGUGUUCUUUCUCUCCCUGCCCCGUGCUCGACUGCCCUCAGCACCAGCGGCUCCUGCGCCCAGGGCAAUGCUGCUUCACCUGCCAGGACCCCCCGGCCCCUGCUGGUUGCUUGAUGGAUGACAACGGGGUGGAGUUUCCCGUCGGACAGAUCUGGUCUCCGGGCGAUCCCUGUGAGUUAUGCAUCUGCCAGGCAGACGGCUCGGUCAGCUGCACACGGACGGACUGCCUGGAGACCUGUCCCCACCCCAUCCGCAUCCCCGGGCAGUGCUGCCCCGACUGCUCCGCAGGCUGCACCUACAUGGGAAGGAUCUUCUACAACAACGAGACCUUUCCCUCCAGCCUGGACCCUUGUCUCAGCUGCAUCUGCCUGCUGGGCUCCGUGGCCUGCUCACCCGUGGACUGUGCCAUCUUCUGCACCUACCCCUUCCACCCUGAGGGCGAGUGCUGCCCAGUCUGUAAUGACUGCAACUACCAGGGCAGGAAGGUGGUGAACGGGCAGAGCUUCACCCCCGAGGGAGAGCCCUGCACCCACUGCACCUGCCAGCUUGGAGAGGUGAGCUGUGAGAAGAGGCUGUGCCCCCAUUCCUGCUCCGAGCCUGCUGUGCUGCCUGCUGCCUGCUGCCCACCCUGCCAAGCCUCCGACGUCUGGCUCCCGCUGCACAGCAGUGACCUGUCCCCAUCCCGUGAGGAUUCACCCACUGGCACCCCUCCUCCUAGCCCCCCACCCCCGCCUCAGCCCCCUCACCCCAGCCUGGCACAGCUCCUACUCCCCAGCACAACCCCCCUCGGGCCCUCUGAGGGGAGCACAGCAGCUGGGGAGCCCCCUCCAACCACACUGAGCCCCACUGGGCACCCGGUGCCACCCACUCUGCCCACCAAGCUCCCCUCUGAGGCUGCAGCCCCUCCAGACUCCACAGGCAGCCCUGGUUUGAGUGCCAGAACUUGGGCACCCCCCCCAGAUGUGGAACCUUCUGUCGUGUCACCAGCCAGGGGGGAGAGCCAUGGUGAGCAUGAGGCACCCUAGGGCUCAGGUGUCCUGAGAGGAGGAGGAGGAGGAGGAAGAGGGGAUCUGCAGGACCAGCAGGCCUGGCCCACCAGACCGAGGGAGCUGUGGGUGGCUGGGGAAGGGGUGCCAAGCAGAUAGGGUGGGCAACAUCAUCCCCACUCCCACGGGUGUGUGCCCACUCCCACGGGUGCACAGGCACUGCCCAUGUCUGGAGAAGGUCCCCAAGGUGUCCCCAGCCCCUCACCACCCCACUGAAGCAGGACAGGUGCAAGAUGUAGGGCUGGGAGAUGCUUCUGGCCAGGCUGGGGUGCCCCAAACCCAUGGCACACAUCCCUAGGGUGGGCACUGCCCCAGCUGCUGGCAUGAGGAGGGGUCCAGCUGCCCCCCACCCUGUCACCAAUAAAGUCACCCUGAUAUUUA